AUGGCUAAAAAUAACAACACAGACAACAACAGAUCUUUGCGGUUCGCGCAGGGCCGGAGUUACUCCUGUCACGAGGGAGGGGCUACAGCUGGGUUGGCGGCGAGCAGCCUGCCGCAUUGGCUUGUUUUGCCUCUCAAUCCGAAACCUUUUCCGAAUGGAUUAACAGGAAAGCCAGUAAGGGUGAAACUGAAGUGGGGAAUGGAGUACCAAGGUUACCUCGAAUCUGUAGAUGGCUAUAUGAAUAUGCAGCUUGCAAACACAGAAGAAUACAUAGAUGGAGCGUUGUCUGGACAUUUGGGUGAAGUUUUAAUAAGGUGUAAUAAUGUCCUUUAUAUCAGGGGUGUUGAAGAAGAGGAAGAAGAUGGAGAAAUGGGAGAAUAGCAUCUUUUGUGGAGAAUGUUUUUUAUAUAUAUUUCUAGACAAUAAACAUUUUUUUCAAC